GGGAAGGUCCUUGUGAACGUGGGGGCGUCAUUCUCAGGGAACUGCGUGUGUGAGGCGGCUUUUCGAGGUCGAAGCAUUUGUCAGUCGACAGCCGCUUUUCUGAUCGCUCUUGCCUUGGUCGUAGCUCUCCGCAGUCGUCAAGAUGCAGAACGAGGAGGGAGAGAAUGUCGAUCUCUACAUCCCCCGCAAGUGCUCCUCGACGAAUCGGUUGAUUACGUCGAAAGACCAUGCUUCCGUCCAGAUCAAUGUUGGGCAUCUUGAUGAGAAUGGCAUCUACAGAGGCAACUUCACCACGUUCGCGCUGUGCGGCUAUGUCCGUGCGCAGGGCAGUGCUGACAGUGCACUCGAUCAGUUGUGGAUGAAGAAGAAGGCGGAACUUGGUCAGUGAAGAUAGGUAUAUAGAUAGAGAGAGGAGAGGCAGGGAGAGGAUGAAGGCGGCUUAACUCCAGACUUGGAAUUUUUGGUAAUCAUCAUGACGAGGAAAAAUGAAAGCUGGCAGCGAGCCAUGACGCUGUCGGGAUCCAGAGGCGAGACUUGCUCGAGGAGUGGUAGAUGCAUAAAACUUGAAUUGGGGAGCUUGUGGGGAAGUUGACGUGUCCUCUUUCCUUGACGGCACGGGAACUUAUGUUUACGUCAUGGCUGAAGUAUCGCGCAUUUGAAUCCUUUUCACCAGAUGCCUUGAACUAGUUAUCGUGAAACCGGAUUCGGAGAUUUGUCGAAUGUGUUUUUCUUGUUGUCGUUACCAGAGGAGACAUGUAAUUAGCACCAUAACCUCGGCCAAGAUCUUGCUAACCGAUGACGUCGGUGAGCAAGGUCAUGGCCGAGGUUAUGGUGCAAAGUACAAGUUUCCUCUGGUUGUCGGAAUUAUCGAAGUAUUUUGCUGUGUGAGAUGAACGGUCGAUCUUUUCUAUCCUCAGCGAAAAGUUAUUUGGCUUUCUUUUCAUUAUCUUUGAGUUGAAAGAGUCCUCAACCUAACUUCAGCAAUGAAUGACAUGAUUCUCG